GUUCGAUCAUUGCACAUAGUGAUAUCCUUCGCUUUUUUGGCUCUCUUGAAAGCAUUCGCUCUUUCAAUGAUUCCAUGGUUUAAUUCUUUUUUGCCCUGAUUUUUCUUUCUUUCUUGUUCUAUACUUUCCCUUCUUUUGAUAUCCUAUUUCCUGGUAGACGGUCACCCCCACCGUCAUAAUUCCUUCUGAUCUUUGAUCUGUUCGCUUUCUCUCUCUCCAUUUUCCCCUAAUCUUUUUACGUCUUCCUUUCUUGCUAGUAGACUUCUUCAUUUCUUCCAUCUGUACAUACAUGUUCUAUUAACUACAAUCACGAUGUUUCGUUUCUCCGCCGCCAGUGCACUGCUGCUGGCCGCCGGCGCGGUCGCCGACACCUGGCCGUUCGCGACAUACGAUACCGGUCCCUGGACCCCUCCGCAAAUGAAGGUUCACAAGAGCGGAACGACAGAGCCGGGAUAUAUCUUCGUCGGGCCCCGGGGCAAUCAGCCGAACGGAACCGCCGCCUUGAUCUACGACGAAGAGGGCCACCUGGUCUACCAAGGGCCUACCCAGGUCACGGCCAACGUCAAGGUCCAAAAGGUGUUCAACGAGGAUACCCUCACUUUCUGGGCUGGUGACAUGACCAGCUGGGGGUAUGGGUUUGGGACGGUGCAUAUCCUGGAUGAUACGUACCGCGAGAUGUACACCGUGAAACUCCCGGACGACCCGGCGACGGGCCGUUUCUUUGCAACCCCAGACGGCAACAGCCGUCCCUCGUACAUCGACCUGCACGAGAGCCAUAUCACCGACCGCAACACCCUGCUAGUAACCGCAUACAACACCACUCAGUACGACCUGACUCCCGUGCGUGGCGCGCCGGAUGGCUGGAUGUUGGAUGCCCUGUUCUACGAGAUCGAUAUCGCUACCAACGAGAUCGUGUUUGCGUGGAGCGCCCUGGAGCACAUCGCCGAAAUGCCGCUGGAGGAGUCCUUCCAGGCGAUCGCGCCCGGAUUCGGCACACGCAACCAGCCGUGGGACGCCUACCACAUCAACUCCGUCGAGUUGAUGAGUGACGGUUAUAUUCUCUCUCUGCGUCAUUACUGGUCGGCGCUGUAUGUCUACAACAAUGGCACCAUCGCCUGGCGGUUGAGCGGUGCUCACGAUGACGGCGACUUCGAGAUCGACGACGCCGGGUUGUUCCAGUGGCAGCACGACAUCCGCAUCUUCGACGAGACGGAGGAGGGCUUCAUCAUGACUCUAUUCAACAACGUCGACACCCCCUCCGACCCCAAGACGGGCCCCACCACGGGAUUGAAAUUCCAGGUGGAUCUACUAAACCGCAAGGUCACCACCUUGCAGGUCAUCACCAACACCAAGGACGAAGUGUUCAGUGUCAGUCAGGGCAGCUUACAGACGCUCAACCGGGAAACCGGCCACGUUUUCAUGGGAUAUGGCUCGAUUGCCACGGUCAAGGAGUUCGACGGCGAUGGAGACGAAGUCUUCACGGCGUCGUUCGGGGAUCCCGGCCUGGUGGCCUCAUACCGGGGCUACAAGUGCCAGUGGAAGGCCACGCCCUUCUGGCCACCUGCCAUGGCGGUGGUGCCGACGGGGCCGGGCAUAGCGGAGAUUUACAUGAGCUGGAAUGGCGCCACCGAGUACGACAACUGGGCAAUCUACGUGAUCGACGGGCCCGACGCGACGACCAGUCGCUUUGUCAAGUCGGUCAAGCGGGCUGGAUAUGAGACUCGGGCGGACGUGGGAAGCCUCAGGACGCGCUCCCUGCAGGUCGUUGCGCGCAAGGGCGAAAUUCCGUUAGGGACGUCGCCGAUUGUGGAAUUUUAAAUCGUCUGGGCCGCGCGGGUUUUGGUCCGAUGUGUGAAUUCUUGCAUAUGUAUGUACAUAUAUACCAUCACCGUCUGCCAUAAAUAUCGACGGUUACUAUAAAUACGAUUCGAUCGGGAAGCAGAAGUAGGCGGACGGUGCCAGGCUGUUUCUGUGCCACCCUCGAUUUAGUAUCCGCGCAAGGGCGACGCACACCAAC